AUGUCAUUUGUUAUAAAAUUAACUAUAAAACAAGCAUUGCCUGUUGCCAAACGUUCUUGUCCGAUUAUCCAAAAUAUCUACAAGUAUACUACUAAAGCAACAACAUCAAAUGAAAACGUUUAUGAUAGCUUUACUGAUUGGGAGACUUUGAAUAAAAAGAAGAAAAUCAACAAAGCCAUGAAAGCAUAUCUAGAUAGAGCUAAAGAACACGAUGAAUUCAUGAAAAGGCAGCAUUUUGAAUAUAAUAUUGGUAAAAGGCAUCUCGCUAAUAUUAUGGGAGAAGAUCCAGAAACAUUUAGUCAAAAAGAUGUUGAUCGCGCUAUCGAAUAUCUUUUUCCCAGUGGUAUAUACGAUCCCGCAGCUCGCCCUUUAAUGAAACCACCAAGCGAAGUUUUCCCUGCACGCAAAGCCGCAGAGUUCGACGAGGCAGGCAGACCACAUCACUUUUUGUUCUAUACAGGAAAGCCUAAUUUUUUUAAACUUUUGUAUGACGCAGCUGAAAAUAUUCAGGCUUUGCAAAGUUAUGAAGAUAAAGUUAAUAGAAAGAAAGAAAUUCCAAAUCCUAAUGAAAAAAUUGAACUGGGUUCUACUGUUUGGUAUACAAAAGACGAGCUAGAACAAAUGUUAGUGGAAAGGAUAAAUGAGUUGGAAUAUGAAAAUUUCAAAUUAGUUAUGGAAAGACUUGUUACUUUGCCAUACUCUUACAGAUUUAAAGAAUUUAUUGAAAAGUAUAGAAAACCAUUAGCUGCUCAAAGAUUUGCAUUAGAAAUCCCAAAACCCAGUUAUGAUGAAAAUGGUCGUGCUUUUAUUACAACAUAUGAAUGCUUGAGGAAAAAAGCGAGGGGAGAUGUCACAAUCUUGUCACCUGGUACUGGAAAGAUUACUAUAAAUGGAAAAGAUAUAACUUAUUUUGAAGAUGUGCAGUCACGUGAACAAGUUAUUUUCCCAUUAAUAUUUACUGGAAUGCAAGAUAAAGUAGAUGUAGUAUGCAAUAUUGAAGGUGGAGGUCCAUCAGGGCAAUCUGGAGCUAUAAGAUGGGGAAUAGCUUGGGGUCUCCGUAGCUUUGUUGAUAAGGCUAUGCUUGAAUCCAUGCAAGUUGCAGGUUUACUUACAAGGGAUCAUAGGAGACGUGAACGUAAGAAGCCUGGUCAACCUGGCGCACGAAAGAAGCCUUCUUGGAACAGAAGA